CGCCGCACAACGCGGGAGAGGAGAGAGGAGAGAGGGAAGCAUCCGAAAGAGAAGAGGAGGUGCAAAUGGAUGCAAUCAUCUUGAGGACUACUUCCACGGAGACUGUAUGGGACUAAAGGUUUCCUCAGCAAAGCUUUCGAAUUCCAUUUCCCCCCUCCCUCUUUCUCCUCUCCUCUUCUUUGAAGACAAACGCCGAUCCAUCUCAUUCUUUACCGCACGUGAGGUUGGCAGCAAGUGUACUUCCGCUCGUGUGCUGCACAUGAAGCCGAGCGAGGGGAACUGUCCGGUGCUGAACUUGCUCCCGAGGAGCCAGUAGUGGAAUUUCUUCAGAGCAAUUGGUCUAAAAUUAGAGCCCUCCGCAACUAUUUAACAAGCUUGCUCCUGGUGGUCGGUCACGCUGGCCACGCCGGUCUGCUGGCUUUGCGUGUGUGCGGACUCGUGUGUCUGAGUGCGCGUGUGAGUGUUGCACCACCAUGCCGAGGUCUUUCUUGGUGAAAAAGGUGAAACUGGAUGAUUUCUCCACCGGGGAUGAUUUGGAGAGCGCCUACCGGCCCAGGACGGAGCUCAGCCUGCGGCUACAUGACAAAGCUGGUUACAUCAGCGACUACAUCAGCCCGUCAGUGUACGACGGCGAAAGCGACGGAGGGAUCAAGGUGCCCUCACCGGACCCCCUGUACGACGGCAUCCACAGUGACUACGGCGCCCCGGACUCGGAGUCUCCCGACAGCCCGGGAUCCGAGCUCACCGACGGCUACAUCAAUGGUGACGCCGCGGUCAGCGACGGGUACUCAGUGGACGCAUUUUAUAUCACGGACGGCCGUUCGAGGAGGAAAACCAUGGGCAGCCCUCGCAGCAUCCAGAGGCACACGUGCAACGAGUGUGGCAAGACCUACGCCACGUCAUCCAACUUGAGCCGACACAAACAGACGCAUCGCUCACUGGACAGCAAGCUGGCCAAAAAAUGUCCCACCUGCGGCAAGGUGUACGUGUCCAUGCCCGCCAUGGCCAUGCACCUGCUCACGCACGACCUCAAACACAAGUGCGAGGUGUGUGGCAAAGCAUUCAGCCGGCCGUGGCUCUUGCAGGGCCACAUGCGCUCGCACACGGGCGAGAAACCCUUCGGCUGCGCUCACUGCGGGAAAGCCUUCGCUGACCGCUCGAACCUGCGCGCUCACAUGCAGACGCACUCGGCCUUCAAGCACUUCAAGUGCAAACGCUGCAACAAGACCUUCGCGCUCAAGAGUUACCUGAACAAGCACUACGAAUCGGCCUGCUUCAAAGGCCCAUUCUCCCCUCUCGGGCCAUUGGAUGCAUGACCCCCCCGACCCGAUUGUAAAAACAAAAAAACAAAACAAAAAAGAACUACAAACCUAAAUCGCCAUUAUUCUUACAGACUGACCCACAUGAUCAAUUUUUUGGUUCUGACCUCGCUUUCUCUUCCAUGCUCACAUUCUGCACCUCGCUUUGCCCUGCAGCCAAUUAAUGGUGAUGACGAUAGCACAAUUUUUCUCCUCCAGAUGAAGGAUUGAACUGUUGUACGCAUGCACAUCCCGACAAAACAAACUGUUCGCUUCUUUUUGCUGUUCUGGAUAGAGAUGAUAAUAUCACAAACAUGGCUUCUAUCCAGCGCCGAGACACAGUACCGGUACAGACUUAUUCAUGGAUGAUGGUACAAACAGCAAGCUAACAGCUGCUGGGUUUCUCUCUGCACUAUAAUGCAUAUAGAAAGAGUUUUUCCUUUUUCUUUUGGAGGAAUAAUAGUAAUAAUUAUAGUAAUAACAAUGAUGAUAAUAAUAACAAUGUUCUUCUGCACCAAGUGACCAUAUUCUCUCCACUACUUAGGUAGUAUUUAAUUAUUUAUUAUUUGUAUACUGUGUAUGUUUAUAUGUUUUUAUGUUGCACUUUAUUUUAUUUAUUUCUCCCCUUUUUCUACCACUACAGGCCAAAGCAUAUGCCACUUUUUUUUUUAGUUAUAUCUUUUUUAAUUAUGUUGUUUAACCUUUUCUAAAAAAUUUUUUUGUUUUUUACAUUUUGUGCAUGCAAAAAAAUAUCUAUGCCAACAUCAUACAAAGCUUUUUGUUUGUUUGUUUUAAUGCCAAAUUCAAUACACAAGGGCAAUAUUUUUCUCUUGGAGCCUCUGUAGGACAUUUUUCAGAGCAAUAAUCACUCUAAUGCAUGGUAUUUUAUGAUGAACUUAUGAAGUAUUACCUACUACUGUAUAGCAGUUUUUAAAAUCAGGUAUGUUUUACUUCACCUAUAGUCAUAAAAAAAGACAAAUAUUGCAGACAUCAGGGAACAUGCCAAUGUAGUAUUAGCGAAACAAAAAGAAACAAAAAGUCUUUCCUCUUGUUAUGCACUGCCUGCCUUUUAGUGAGUAGAACUAAUGUAGGAUUCUGGGGGAAAGGAGCUGGGAUCAGCGGCUUGCCACUCUGAAGCCUGUUGUUACUGCACUCCUGGACAAAUAAACGUGUUCAGCACCCUUCUAGAAAAAUUCGAGUUGUGCAGGUGCAUUCACCUGACGUGAAGGCUGCCGCAUGCUAUCAAUGUAGUGGCAUUGUGGUCAACUUUAAAUGCAAUGCAUUAUUCAACCACACAUAAUGUGGGCAUUUUUCGACCGCGAAAAAAGCGUGCACUUAUGGCUGGAUGGCCCGGCACCUUCACGUUUACACCCCCCACUUAUACAUUAGUCCUGCUUAUUCUGCAGCAGGGCCCAUGCAUUUCUACUGAGCCAACCAAUAGGAUUAACCCACAAGUCAUAUAAAGUAGGGCCCAGAACAAUGCAUGGUGCCAGUGAUGAUCCAUAUGGCUGAUAGCAGUGUGGCUGAACCCAGCUCUCUAAGCCCCAAAAACAUCCGCUGUAGAUUCCUGGAGCUUCCCUGGAGACACUGUGAGGACACACACAACUGCACAAAAAACAUUUGUGCUCAGUAAUGACGAUUGGUGUUACAUAACCUUCCAAGACGCACACACACAGACUCGGAGCGACCCGGAGAGAACAUCUGUGCAGUCUGAUUAAACUCCACACCGUAGUCAAGCUUCCAACAAUUGGAAAUAAUAGGUUUAAUAUGAACGACUGAUUCUCUUACAAAGGACUUGUGAUAAUUGCAGCACUUCCUCAGGCGUGUGUAACCUUUAUUUAAUCACACUUUGAGAUGAAGAUCCCGAGUUUAACAAGAAGAUUAUUCAAUUAGUGAUUUGCCUUUCACUACACAUUAUUUUAGGGUUAUAAGGAUAAAAGAAGAGUUUGCACUGAACAUGCACUUAUGCCCUACUUUUUCCUUCAUCUCAGACAUAAACUAACAGCUCUUGAAUGAAGACAAACACUUCUGAGAAUGUUGUGAAGGCAGCAGUUUCGUAUAAAGCCGUUACAUUGCAGCACUCGAUCUAAUCUUGAACUCUUUGAAAAAUGAGCCACAAAAGCAAAAGUAUUUUUAAACAAGAAUUAAAAAAAACUGACGGUGAAGCAAAAGCAAAGCAAAAGAUGAAGAGAAAAAAAUAAUCACAAAAGCAACACAGAUUAAGAUAAGGUUUGCGUAUUUGUCAAGUGUGAAAUCGGUGCAAUAUCAAAAAAAAAAAAAAAAAAAUGAAGUUAGUGAAUUACAGUCAUGUUAAAAAAAUUAGGACACCUAAUGAAAUAUUCAGUUCUUUAUGAGGAAAUGUUAAUAUAACAAUGUCUGAUCUUAUUUUUCUUUAUCUCUGGAAAAUAAAGUGAUUUCAUUGCAGGUGAACAACAAAAAUUAACAUUGUUUUACUCAUUAAACCAAAUAUAUCAACAAAAAUGCAUAUUCUGAGGAAAAAGUUAAGACACUCUACCACUUAAUACCUAGUGUUACCCCCUUUGGCUGAAAUAACUUCAGUGAGACAUUUUUUGUAGCUAUCUACCGGUCUUUGACAUCGGUCUGAAGAAAGUUUGCCCCACUCCUCAACGCAGAAUACUUUUUUUUUUUUUUUUGCAUGUACAGCCCAUUUCAAGUCACCC